AAGAGGGUGUUUUGGAGAGAUGGGCCAUCGUUGUUGCAGCAAACAGAAGAUCAAAAGAGGAUUAUGGUCUCCAGAAGAAGAUGAUAAGCUUGUUACAUAUAUCACAACUCAUGGACAUAAAAGUUGGAGUUCUGUCCCAAAGUUUGCAGGCCUACAGAGAUGUGGAAAGAGUUGUAGGUUAAGAUGGACAAAUUAUUUGAGGCCGGAUCUAAAAAGAGGUUCCUUCACUGCCGAAGAAGAACAUAUCAUAAUUGACAUACAUAGAAUUCUCGGAAACAGGUGGGCACAAAUAGCAAAGCACCUUCCUGGUAGAACUGACAAUGAAGUGAAGAAUUUUUGGAACUCAUGCAUUAAAAAGAAGCUCAUAUCUCAAGGGUUAGAUCCACAAACUCACAAUUUACUUUCUUCUCGUAAAAGAAACAACUCAUCAUAUCCAAACUCCAAUUCCAUUUUGAUUCUUACUUCACAAAUGACACCAAAUGCUACUUAUCUAGUUGAAACAACAAGCCAAACCUUUUCUCCACCAAGCAUUAUUCAAACUCCUUCUACAAUUGUUUCCACCAACCAAUAUCAGACAUCCUUCCAUGUAAAUUCAAAUCAACUAUAUGUCCCCGAGCAGGAACAGGCUCGAAUGUUACCCGAGAACAUAUCGAAUAUUUGUUCUUCAUCCUGCUUAGACACUACGGAUGUCGAAAUGUCUAAGAAUGAAGAAGGAUCACAAGCUCAAGUGGAGGAAGAGAAGGAGAAGAUGUAUGAGAAGGGAAUGGAUUUUAGUGAAAUGAAUGGUUGUUUUGAGGGUUCUAAGUUUGAUUUUGGGUUGUUGGAGAGUGUACUAAACUCUGAGUUUAUAUCUCAUGAUAUAGAUUUUAUGGAUGAACUUGCAUGGAACUUUUAG